AUAAAGGGACAGCCCCAUCACUCUUUUCAUCCCUCCACCUCUCUCCGAUUUUGGCCCCCCCACCAGCAAAUCCCGAAUCCGUCGAAUCUCAUCAGUUUUCUCCUGCUUUCCCCCGCCCCCCUUCCCCGCUCCUCUCUCUCUCUCUCUCUCUCUCUCUCUCUCUCUCUCCCCCUCUUUCUUUCUCUCUCUCAUUCUCAGAAAACCCUAGUGCUUGUUUACUGCUCGAACUCGCGAUGCUUCCUUUCUCUUCCACCCUAUCGGCCCAGAUUCGGUACUUGCUCCAGAGCUUGAACGGAUCAAACUCCGACCACGUCUUCCAAGAGCUCUGUCAGUAUGUUGGGUAUGGAACGGAGGGGAGUAUAUUGCUCCUGCAAACAUGCUUGGAUCACCUGAAUAUAUAUGGGAAAGAUUUGAAGAAUCUGCAACCGGAACCAAUAGUUGGUCCUAUCUUCAAAUUUGUUUUGGAUAAACCAAAUUUCAGUACAGUGCUCUCUGAGUCAUUAAGAAGUGCAGCAAUCAAUGAAGAGUUUGUUGAAAGUUUGUCAAAUGCUUUACACUUGUCAGCAUCUGAGAAAAUUGGAUUUGGACUUGCUUUGUUGGAUUCUGAAAAUUCUGAUGUCAGAAUGUGUGGGAAGAACUUCUGCAUGGCUCAGAUUGGGGAACUAUUUACCAGUCAUGCGUGUGUUGACUCUAUUGAGCAAAUUCAGAAUAUUUUCAUGUUUCUCCAUCGAUCUGAGGGCCUGUCCAAGCAUGUAGAUUCUUUUGUGCAGAUGUUAUCCUUAUUGCAAUUGAAAGAGAGUGACCGAUUUAUAUUAGCUCCAUUGCUCUCCAAGGAAUUGGAUGAGGCAACUGUGUUGAGGAGUUUGGAUUUGUUUGAUGAAGGCGAUGAGAAUGAUUUUGACAUUGUUCUAGCAGAAAUGGAGAAAGAGAUGAGCAUGGCCGAUGUAAUGAAGGAAUUGGGUUAUGGAUGCACAGUUAAUGUCUCGCAGUGCACAGAGACGCUAUCCCUGUUUUUACCACUGACGGCAAUGACUGUCUCUAGGAUUCUUGGCACAAUUGCCCGCACGCAUGCUGCACUCGAGGACAAUCAGAAUGCAUUUUCAACUUUCUGUUCUGCUCUUAGCACUGGCAGUUCAACAGAUAUGCCAUCGUUGAGCUCAUGGAAUAGUGAUGUCCUUAUCAAUUCAAUCAAGCAACUUGCUCCUGAAACCAAUUGGACUAGUGUUGUUGAAAACCUCGAUCAUGAUGGAUUCUACUUCCCUAAUGAGGCGGCGUUUUCCUUUUUUAUGUCGGUUUAUAGACAUGCAUGCCAGGAUCCUUUCCCACUCCAUGCUAUUUGUGGCUCGGUUUGGAAGAAUACCGAUGGCCAACUAUCUUUUCUUAAGCAUGCUGUUGCAGUACCCCCUGAAGUAUUUACCUUUGCACAUUCUGGGAGGCAAUUGGUGUACGUUGAUGCUGUGCAUGGCCAACAAUUUCAAUUUGGACACAAAAAUCAUGCAUGGUUAAGUCUUGACCUGUUGGAGGUUUUGUGUCUGCUAGCUGAGAGAGGUCAUGCGAGCACUGUUCGAUCAAUGCUUAACCAUCCUCUUGAGCACUGCCCUGAAGUGUUGCUCCUUGGGAUGGCUCACAUUAAUACUGCUUAUAACCUCCUACAGUUUGAGAUUUCUUCGACUGUUUUCCCCAUCAUACUUAGAAAUAGUGCUGGAAGUGGUACGAUUCUUCAGCUGUGGCAGGUUAACCCUAAUCUUUUGCUGUGGGGUUUCUUAGAUGCCUACAACACCAAUCCAGAUGAUAUUACGAGAGUUUUGGACGUCUGCCAGGAGCUGAAGAUACUCUUACAAGUAUUGGAUAUGGUGCCUUCAUAUUUUGGUAUUCGGCUGGCUGCCCUUGGUUCACGAAAAGAACUUGUAGACCUAGAGAACUGGUUGAGCUCUAAUUUGACUACUUACAAAGAUGUUUUCUUCGAGGAGUGCCUCAAGUUCUUGAAGGAGAUUCAAUUUGGUGUCUCUCAGGAUGUUUCUGUUGACCAUUUUAACCCUUCUGGUGGUCUUCCGAACGUUUAUUCGGAGACGAGUCCUACUUUCUUGAAGGUUCUUCAAGCUCAUACGGGCUUGAUUAUCUCUAGCCAGCUUUCUGAAGAAGUGGGGAAGUUGACAUUUAUGAAUGCUAAUUCGAGAAUGAAGAGUAGUGGGGCUACUGAUUCAUCACCCUCUGAUGGAUACACGGACGACAUUGAGUCAGAAGCCAACUCUUAUUUCCAUCAAAUGUUUUCUGGUCAAUUAACCAUUGACACGAUGAUUCAAAUGCUUGCUCGGUUCAAGGAAUCUCCUGAGAAUAGGGAGCAAUCGAUCUUUGAGUGCAUGAUUGGCAAUCUUUUUGAAGAAUACAAAUUUUUCCCCAAGUACCCUGAGAGGCAGCUCAAAAUUGCCGCAGUUCUUUUUGGCUCUCUCAUCAAGCAUCAGCUUGUAACUCAUCUCACACUUGGUAUUGCCCUACGAGGUGUUUUGGAUGCAUUGCGUAAACCUCCAGAUUCCAAAAUGUUCGUUUUUGGGACGAAGGCUCUGGAACAGUUCGUGGACCGUUUGAUUGAAUGGCCCCCGUACUGCAAUCACAUCUUACAAAUGUCUCAUCUGCGUAGUUCUCAUUCUGAGCUUGUUGCGUUCAUUGAGCGGGCACUUGAAAGGAUUUCAUUGGGCCAUUCAGAAUCAGAUGGAGGACAUAAUGCUCCUAUGGAUCUACAACAUGGUUCUAUUCAAGCUAAUGAACCAAAUCUGGAGAUGCCUGGUCCAUCCUUUCCAUUAAUUGGUUCUGUUGGUACCCAACCUGGGCCACAUAUAUCUUCUUCAAUGCAGCUUCAAUUGAAACACCAAAUCCGUUUGGACGAAAGUCAGAAAGUCUCGGUAACAUCAUCUAACUACAUGAAGCCUCUUACUUCUACUGGAGGGCAAUCUUCACUUGUUUCCACAAGUGAUGCACCUAGCAUUCAAAAGCCCCAGAGUUCAGCAAGUGUUUCUUCUGUGCUGUCUUCCUCUACUGGUUUUACCCGUCCAUCUCGAGCAAUUACCUCAGCAAGGUUUGGCUCUGCUUUAAACAUUGAAACCCUUGUUGCUGCUGCGGAUAGAAGAGAAACUCCCUUGGAGGCUCCAGCAUCAGAGAUUCAGGACAAGAUAUCAUUUAUUAUUAAUAAUUUAUCUUCUACAAAUUUUGAAGCUAAGGCAAAGGAAUUUUCUGAGAUUUUGACUGAGCAGUACUAUCCAUGGUUUGCCCAGUACAUGGUAAUGAAAAGAGCAAGCAUUGAGCCGAAUUUUCAUGAUCUGUACUUGAAAUUCAUAGACAAGGUUAACUCGAAGCCAUUAAACAAAGAGAUUGUACAAGCCACUUAUGAGAACUGCAAGGUUCUUUUAGGGUCGGAGCUUAUAAAAUCAAGUUCAGAAGAGCGUUCCUUGCUAAAGAACCUAGGAAGUUGGCUUGGGAAGAUCACAAUUGGCAGAAAUCAAGUUUUGAGGGCACGUGAGAUUGAUCCCAAAUCGUUGAUCAUAGAGGCAUAUGAAAAGGGUUUGAUGAUUGCUGUAAUCCCAUUCACAUCCAAGAUUUUGGAACCUUGCCAAAGCAGUCUAGCUUAUCAACCUCCUAAUCCUUGGACCAUGGGUAUUCUAGGAUUACUGGCUGAAAUUUAUGCAAUGCCAAAUCUGAAAAUGAACCUCAAGUUUGAUAUCGAGGUCCUAUUCAAGAAUCUUGUUGUUGAUCUGAAGGAUGUAACUCCUACUUCUCUUCUCAAGGACAGGGUAAGGCAAGUUGAAGGAAAUCCUGACUUUUCCAACAAAGAUGCUGGGGUGCCUCAACAACAGAUAGUUGCUGAAGUCAAAUCUGGUACAAUAUCUGCACUAAAUCAAGUUGAGCUACCACUUGAGGUUGCCAGCCCAUCUCAUCCUGGUGGCCAUUCACAUAUAUUGUCUCAGUAUGCUGCUCCUCUUCAUCCACUGACAGAGGAUGAAAAGCUGGCAGCUUUGGGCUUACCUGAUCAGCUCCCUUCUGCUCAAGGACUACUACAACGGCAAUCCUCAUUUUCUGUUAGUCAGCUUCCAACGCCGACAUCUAAUAUUGAACAACAAGUUAUUGUAAACCCAAAGCUUCAUGCCCUUGGCCUUUACCUGCAUUUUCAGAGUGUGGUUCCAAUCGCUAUGGAUAGAGCUAUCAAGGAGAUAGUGUCUGGUAUUGUGCAGCGAAGUGUUUCUAUUGCCACUCAAACAACGAAGGAACUCGUUUUAAAGGAUUAUGCCAUGGAGUUAGACGAGACCCGCAUACGUAAUGCAGCACACUUAAUGGUUGCCAGUUUGGCCGGAAGCUUAGCUCAUGUAACGUGCAAGGAACCCUUGCGUGGCUCAAUAUCAAGUCAGCUCAGGAAUUCACUCCAGGGUCUAAAUAUUGCAAGUGACCUUCUUGAACAAGCUGUACAACUUGUUACCAAUGAUAACCUUGAUCUGGGCUGCGCACUAAUUGAACAAGCUGCAACAGAGAAGGCAAUACAAACCAUUGACGGUGAAAUAGCUCAACAACUUUCAAUAAGAAGGAAGCAUAGAGAAGGUGUUGGUCCAGCAUAUUUUGAUUCAGGAAUCUACGCCCAAGGUCAUGCAGGUGUUUUGCCAGAAGCACUCCGCCCUAAACCUGGCCGCUUAUCCCAUUCUCAACAGCGAGUUUAUGAGGAUUUUGUUCGGUUACCAUGGCAGAAUCAGUCAAGCCAUAGCUCAAAUGCUCUAGCAAUUGGUUCUACAGGUUCACCCGCCAGUUCUGGCAUGUCCAGGGUUUAUAGUUCAGCAUCUGGACAACUGAACCCUGUCAUGUACUCAUCUGGCGUAGGAAACACAGGAAUUCAACACCAGCCCUUAGAUAUUGUUUCUGAGGAGAUGGAAUCUAGUUCAGCUCAGCUUCACAGUGCUUCCUCAGCUCUUAUUGGGGCAGCUGAUGGAGUUAAUCCACACGAUUUUGAAAAUGAUGCCGUUGUUGCGUCAUUUCCUUCAGCCACAACCCCUGAAUUACAUUCUUUGGAGAUUUCCAACAUUGUAAAAGAAUCUGGAGCUUCUUCGCAUCCUUUACCUUCAACUCCUACGACAGAUCGCCUUGGAAGUAGUACUUCUGAACCUUUGUUGACCACAGGCGAUGCAUUGGAAAAGUACCAGAUCAUUUCGGAGAAGCUGGAAUCUCUGGUGACAAAUGAUGCUAUGGAUGCAGAUAUUCAGGGCAUUAUUGUUGAGGUUCCAGGAAUCAUUCUCAGAUGUAUCAGUCGAGAUGAAGCUGCAUUGGCUGUGGCUCAAAAGGUUUUCAAGGGUUUGUAUGAAAAUGCUUUAAAUAGUGCUCAUGUUGCUGCUCAUGUUGCCAUUCUGGCUGCCAUUCGUGAUGUUAGCAAGCUGGUUGUUAAGGAGCUGACUAGUUGGGUGAUUUAUUCGGAUGAGGAUCGAAAGUUCAACAAAGAAAUUACAAUUGGCCUUAUUCGGAGCCAAUUGCUCAACCUUGCUGAGUACAAUGUUCAUAUGGCAAAGCUACUUGAUGCAGGAAGGAAUAAAGCUGCGACUGAGUUUGCCAUUUCCCUGAUUCAAACAUUGUUGAUCAAUGAUUCCAGUGUCAUGUCUGAACUUCAUAAUCUCGUUGAUGCUUUGGCAAAGCUUGCAGCAAGGCCUGGAUCUCCAGAGUCGUUACAACAUCUGGUUGAGGUUGCCAGGAAUCCUGCUGCAAAUGCUGCUACGUUUUCUUCAAUUUCUGUGGGGAAGGAGGAUAACACCAGACAAGCUAGAGAAAAAAAGGCUCCUGUUCCCCCUGCAUCAAACAAGGAGGACUACAAUGCUGUUGAUCCAGUGGAAGCAGAUCCUGCUGGUUUUCGUGAGCAGGUUUCCAUGCUGUUUGCCGAAUGGUACAGAAUAUGUGAACUUCCAGGUGCAAAUGAUGCAGCUUGUGCCCAUUACAUCUUACAAUUGCAGCAAAGUGGACUGCUUAAAGGGGAUGACAUGUCAGAUCGAUUUUUCCGCUGCCUAACGGAACUUUCUGUAUCACAUUGCUUAUCUUCUGAGGUGAUAAAUUCUGCCCCUCUGCAAUCACCUCAACAAGUCCAUCCCCUCUCCUUCCUUGCUAUUGACAUCUAUGCAAAACUUGUAUUCUCAAUCCUAAAGUUUUUCCCUGUGGAUCAAGGGUCAAGCAAACUCUUGCUUCUACCAAAGGUUCUGGCAGUGACCGUGAGAAUUAUACAGAAAGAUGCAGAAGACAAGAAAGUUUCUUUUAAUCCAAGGCCAUAUUUCAGAUUGUUCAUUAACUGGCUACUUGAUCUAGGUUCCAUGGACCCUGUCUUUGAUGGUGCAAACUUUCAGAUUUUGAUAGCUUUUGCAAAUGCAUUUCAUGCUGUACAACCCCUUAAAGUUCCGGGAUUCAGCUUCGCAUGGCUUGAGUUGGUGAGUCAUAGGAGUUUCAUGCCAAAGUUGCUAACUGGAAAUGCUCAGAAAGGGUGGCCUUAUAUGCAGCGCUUGCUGGUAGACUUAUUUCAAUUCCUGGAGCCAUUCUUGAGGAGUGCUGACCUUGGGGAGCCGGUUCAUUUUCUGUAUAAAGGCACUCUAAGGGUGUUACUAGUGCUACUUCAUGAUUUCCCAGAGUUCCUUUGCGAUUACCAUUUCAGCUUCUGCGAUGUGAUACCUCCAAGCUGCAUACAGAUGCGAAACAUAAUCCUCAGUGCAUUUCCACGCAAUAUGAGGCUUCCAGACCCUUCUACUCCAAAUUUGAAGAUUGAUCUGCUAGCAGAAAUCAGUCAGUCUCCGCGUAUUCUGUCUGAGGUCGACGUGGCUCUUAAAACGAAACAAAUCAAGGGUGAUGUAGAUGAGUAUCUAAAGACGAGGCAACAGGGCUCUUCAUUUCUAACUGAGUUGAAGCAGAAAUUGCUGCUUUCACCAAGCGAUGCUGUUCGGGCUGGUACCCGGCAUAAUGUACCAUUGAUCAACUCCCUUGUGCUUUAUGUUGGAAUGCAGGCUAUACAGCAGCUUCAGGCGAGAACUCCUCCUCACACACAGUCAAUGGCCGGUAGCGUUCCAUUAGCUGUGUUCUUAGUUGGUGCUGCCUUGGACAUCUUCCAGACAUUGAUUAUGGAUCUAGAUACUGAGGGACGUUAUCUCUUUUUGAAUGCGAUUGCUAACCAACUGCGUUAUCCAAACAAUCAUACACAUUACUUCUCCUUCAUCCUUCUUUACCUAUUUGCAGAAUCAAACCAGGAAAUCAUUCAGGAGCAAAUCACUAGAGUUUUGUUGGAAAGACUGAUUGUUAACCGACCUCAUCCAUGGGGCCUUUUGAUUACCUUCAUCGAGUUGAUUAAGAAUCCUAGAUACAAUUUCUGGAGUCGGUCUUUUACAAGAUGUGCACCAGAGAUUGAGAAGCUCUUUGAAUCAGUAUCAAGAUCCUGUGGUGGCCCAAAACCUGUGGAUGAGAGCGUGGUCACUGGCGGGAUAUCUGACAACAUGCACUAAGUUUUUCCCUGCCUGUAAUUUAUCAUGUUGUAUGUUGCUUUAUUUAGCAAAGCACCAUGCAUCUCUGUUGUUGUAACAUAAUUGUAAUGUGUGUAGGACAUGCUAACAUGAACAAUUUAUUGUAAAUAUUGCUUUUGUUUUUUGCAUGCCAAAUCCUUGUUCUGGCUG